AAGCGCAGCUGAUCAUUAAAGUUAAUCGUGAUACUUGUGUUGAUUAUAGAACAGAUUGCCAAAAAGCGAAGUUUAUAAUAUAAAUAGAAAAUAAAAAAUGCCAUUCAUAAGCAAGGAUUGGAGAUCGCCUGGUGAGGCAUGGGUAAAGACGGACGAAGGUUGGGAACGGAAAAAAAAUCUUGAGCAGCUAAAUCGUAAUAUGAAGAAAAGCUCGAAGACAUCAAAAUAUUCUAGAAAGUUUGCAUUAGACAGUGAUGGGAGUACAGACAGCAGUGACAGUGAUUCAGAAAGCAAAAUUAAAACUACAGCUUGCACUGCUAGUGAAAAGUGUCAGAAGAGAAGAGAAACUCAUUUAUGGCAGCCACAUUUUCCCAUCACCAUCAAGUCAACUAGAGAGGUUGCAGGUUACAACACAAUUAGUGAAGCUUUUCGAAGACUUGACUUUCGAAAUGGUGUUAAGGAUAUUAGAAGAUUUAAUUAUAUUUGCAAGCUUAUCCACCUUAUCAUCAGCCAGAAUCUCACAACACUCAGUGGCUGUGCUACCAAAGUUCUCUUUGUUCUACUAGAAGAAGUAGCUGGUCAAGUGGCAAGCAACCAGCAGAACAUCCACAUGCUUCAGGCAAUUUUAUAUGAUUUGAAGAAAACCAUGAGAAAAUAUUACUGCUGGGGGCGCCCUCUAGGGAGCACUCUUCUGUGGGAGCAGCAUCUUCAAACAAUUGAACGGAUAUGCAUGUUUGCUAGUAAUAUAAAAAUCAAAGAGCCAAAAGAUGAUGGGAGUCUUAAGCUAACACAUCUCCCAGCUGAGCUGAUUCGAGAAAUACUCCUACGACUUUGUGACUAUCGGGACCUCAUUAAUUCAGGCCAAGCAUACAGUGUUAUGCAAGGCCUAAUUAACGAACAAUAUAUUUGGAGACAACUCUGCUAUUUUCACUUCACUCUGCAACAAGUACAUCAUGCUCUAGACUGCUAUAAGAGUAAAUCUGGGCAUCCCAUAAAGUUAGACUGGCAAGGAGUGUUCCACCAUCUUCGAAAAGUUUUUGGAUUGAAGGAGGAGUAUGCUGACUGUCUUUUUCUCUGUAGACAUUGCCGUUGUUUGUUUUGGAAGUCGUUUGGACACCCCUGUAUUGAUACAACAUUGCAACAUACAAGAGAAGUGUCUGAGAUGGCAAAUGGUGAAGAAGAAAUAGAAGAUAAAGUUAGUGUUCCUGAAUGUAUUCCCGUACCACCCCAAGCUUUUCUUAAGUUCUUCUCUUUGUAAUGUUGUCACAGAAAAGUAUUCUGUUCUCUUUAUGGUGGUUACAGAACUUGUGUUUCAAACAUCAUAUAAUCCCAAGACUGAUGUUGAUAACUCCCCUGCUUUAGUUCCUCUGCUGGUGUAUAGGGCCUGCAGGUUGGGCCUUGGUGUGAUGUAUAUAGUGUUAUUCUUAGUUCCCAGCUGUGGGUAGGGGUAGUUUUAAUUCUUCAUCAUUAUGUUUAAACCUAGUUUGUUUUAAAUCUCAUAAGAAAUAUAAGUGUUUGUUUGUAGCUUUUAUUAAAGGGUAAACACUUACAAUGUUAAAAUGCACAAAAUUCACAGUCUUUUUAAGAAACAUUUCUCAUUGAAAGAUCUCAGCCUAUUAAAGGCAGACUUAAAAAGUAGGUGAAGUCAUAUGGUUAUUCAUGUUAUUUUGCAAUCAAAGUAUAAUUUCCAGUUCAAUUAAAAAUUAUGAAUCCCGUUGAUAAAAUUUUCAGAGUCUAAGUGUGAUAUCCAUUGUUCUACUAUCAGUGGAGUGAUACCUUAAGUAACUAAAGCAAGUAUUUGAGAAAGCUUGAGAACCAGUAUAUAAAGUCGUGCUUCUAAGAUUUUAGGUUAUUAUUGUUAAAUUACAUUUUCACAGUACUCUAAUUAUUAUGCAUUAUGCUAUAAACUCUUAUUAUAAAAUAACAAUGGAAUACAUGGUAAAAUAAAAAUAAUGUUUUGAAGUGACCUACACAUUUGUUAUUAAGGUAUAAAUGGUUUUGUGUUUAAAACAAAAUAUUUGUUUAUUUUCAAAACUGUGUCUAGCUGAAAAAAUGUACUUAUUAUUUAUGUAUAUGAGUCAUGAACUGAUAAAACAGGGAAUUAUUGUCUUAGUUGAAGAUAUAGUUAUUACAUCUUUUGAAUGUUUUUCUAUGACAAAUUUCUUAUCUGUCAAUAUCUUUUACAAUAAUAUUAUUGUUUUUUAAACGUGAAGGAUUUUAAUAAACUAGAUUUUGUACAAAAUUUUGAAACAUGAAAGUAGAAAACCAAACCCUUUUUGCUGUCUAAGCAUAAUUUUAUUUUGCUCCAAAACUGGGUAGGAAAUACAUGUUUGUAAAAAGUAGUAAAGGAUGAAUUAACAGUUAUAAAGGAUAAAGUAAUAAAAGUCUAAAUGAAAAUUGAUUCUGUUUUAUAUGACAUUUUGGGUAGACAUUCAGGCUGUAUAUAUAUAUCUUGUUACAUAACAUUAUCUAACGUGCAGCACAAUGGUCACUCAAAUACAUUAUGUGUCACCUCUGAACUAUGUUUAUUUAAAAUUAUUUUGGAUGAUUUGCCAGUUUCAGCAAACUUGAUGGGAAACAAUUUUGCAUUUAUAUAAAAUGUUAGUGGUGAAAAAUUCAUUAAGCUGGAUUGGUUAAAAUUGUAGAAUCGUUAGAAAGUACGUGUCAAAGGUAAAAUAAAUGUUCAACAGAGAAACAAAAUUGUGGACCUGUAUAAUUUAUACAUGUCUUCAUACCUUACGGAUUUCUCAGCAAGUGUUGGAAAAUAUUAAGGUUGUUACUCAUAUUCUUAUGUCAUAAUUUAAUUUUUUUUUCAUCUCUGUUUUUUUAUUAUUUAUCUUUCUGUGUUUCUUUAUAUGAAACAGAAUAAUUUACUCCCAGAAAAUAAUCAAGUAAUGUUUUAUGAUCACUUGCGGGUAGAAGGACAUUUUUUUCUACAGUUUACAAUUGUUGAACUAGAUAGUGUUUAGAUGUUUUUGCAGUUUGUGCUAUAAGCAGAAGAAAUAUAAAUGUUAAAAGCUAAUUAUUGUUAAUUUCCAGUAUUGUAUGGUUUCUUCAUUUGAAUAUUAAUGAUAGACAUCUCAAAAUAUUCUGUCCCCUCAGUGGCUCAGCUAUAAGUCUUGAGGGCUUAUUAAUGCUAAAACACAGGUUUUUGGAUACCCACAGUUGGCAAAGCACAAAUGACCCUUUGUGUAGCUUUGUGCUUAACAACAAUCAGACUAACUAACUAUAAAACAUUCUUCCUUAAAAGUUGGUCAGAUUUUGUUUAACUAAACAGUUGAAAAUUUUUUUUAUAGUAAUUAUGCAUUCUACCACACUGUGGUUUUAAAAUUUUUUAGCCAAUUAAAAUGUAUUUCUAGGAAAAACUAUGAAGAUUUAUUGGAAUAUAUAACUGGUUAUGAUUCCAUGAAUUGUAAAUGUAAAUUUCUUGUGUGUUAAAUGUAAUUUAGGUUAGGGCUGUUUCUUGCCUUGAUCUGUACAGGAUGUGCAUGUAGUAUGAAUCUCUCUCAUAAAACUAAAUAUGGACUUUUUAAAUUAGUUUCAAUUUAACUUAACUAACAAUGAAAAUAAUUAUAUACUCAAAAUCUUUUGAUAAUUGCCAAGUAAUAACUAUUUAAACUAAAUCAAUAACAUUAGAAAUUUCUAAGAUAUUAUUAUCUCUUAACCAAAUGUGCACAGGGUCAAGUCCAAUUGACCAACCCCAUUAUGGAGAAGGAAUGUUGAUUAUAAUUCCAAAUUUACUAUUUGUAUCUAUACUAAAUAUGACAGGCUUUUAGUAAUAUGCACAAGUCUGUUGUACACAAAAAAUUGUACUCAAGAUAUGUUUGUGAAUUGCUGACAUCAGUUUGAUUCGGACUCUGACAAGUUGGAGUACAAGAUGAUGUACAUGUGAGGAAUAAAAAAUACUUUUGUCCAUUGUGCAGUUUGCAUAUGCAUAACCUCUAGGACCUUCAGAAUGCAUGUCUGAAAAUUUUUCAGAAUCUCCAUUUACUGUAUCUGUUAUUUACUCUGUUCUGUUGCUAAAUGAGCAAUGUUGAGUAAAAUGAAUAGUUGAUAACUCUGUCAUCAAAUACACUAUAUUAUGUUAAAUGGCACUCUGUAAAAGGUCAUGGCAUGUGCACUUUGACCGUUACCCAUGUACAUAGGGUUAAAUUACUACAUUUUUAAGUAUCUAAGAAAGUGCUGUUUGAAAUCGUACUAAAUGUACUAUUAUAAUUAGUAACAUUCACCCAAAAAUAACUAUUUCUUUUUGUUUAUUCUGUACUCGGUUAAUUAAAUCGUAAAUGUAACCAGAACAUUUUAUUUAAAAACUGGUCUUUGAAAGUAAAUCAUUAGUAGCAGUUAAUAGUGAGUUUUGUUUUUGUUAACAUCCCUUUUGUUUUUUAAUUUAUAAUAUGAACUGUGACAGUAUUUUCUGCUUCUAACUUCUUUAAUUAACAUAAAGGAAGAAGAAUCCUAAUUUUUAUUAACAUCUUGUUUUUACCAUGAAGUAAAAAAAGUCACUUUAGUUGAAAGGCAUUGUAUCUAAUUUCUUUUUUCUGCAGUAAACAUUUGAGCUAAAUUUAAUUUUAUUGCAUUUUUCAUUUUCUAUUCAUGUUUGAGGAUCGAUAUAAUCAUAUGAGGAUAUUCCCUAUUGUCAGUAUCACUAUUGCAGUGACUUUAUUCAUCUUUAAAAUAUUAUAAUUUUUUUUUCUUCAAACAUUACUGAGUCAUUGUGAGAUUUGUUAUUUUUAUUGUUACCUUUUCAUUAGUAUUAAAUGCCCCUGGUUUUGAUACCUGUGAUGGACACAUCACAGAUAGCCCAUUAUGUAACUUUGUGCUUAACAGCAAACAAACAAAAAUACUUUUACACUAAUUAAUAGAAUUUUCACAAACACUCUGAGAGGUUCAGUGUAGUUGUAUAAAUCUUAAUAUUUCAUUUUGGUAAGUUUGGUUUAAAUUUCAUAAAUAUGGAACUUGUUAAAGUCUGGUUAUUAAUCUGGCAAGCUUGGAAAUUUUAUAGUGAUUCACAGUUAUCUACACUUUUCAUUUGCAUGGGUAAGGUUUAGUUAUUUCAGAAAAAUUCAAAAAAUUCCUAGAAAAACUUUAAGCUAUUUUCCAUUAUAUCUAACAUGAACAAUAUUUCUGAAACUUGUACUUUUCACUUUAAACUCUAGAGCAAGUGAGUCUUAUACAUAUAGAGCAGAUAAUAAGGAAUCUCAACAGAGUUUAUUCUCUUAAGAUGAAGUAAAUUUGUUUUAUUUAUCAUUCUUACUGCAAUUAAUUUUCUUAAAGGAUCCAUUUUAUCAUAAGAUCUGGUAAAACUACUCCAAAAAGUUACCUUAUUCUCACUGUUGUUCAUAAUUAUUGUUCACAUCAGAAAACAAAACAUAGUUAUAAGUGAUAAGUUAUGUCUGUGAUAACAGAUAAUAGUUAGUGCACUAUUGAUGUUUGUGGUUAUACUUUUGUAUAUUUUUUGUAUGAAUAUUAGCUUUUUUGUAAUUUCAAAUCAUAAGCUUCUUUGUUUACUUUUUAUAAUUGUGUUUAUAAAAACAAACAUUGGAUAAAGAAACUGUUAAACUUUACAUAUUUGUUUUAGUUUGUGUUUUAAAAAUGAAGUGUGGUCAUAUUUGUAGUUACGGAUAUCAACAUUACAUUGUUAAUGUAUUUAUUUUUUUGAUGUAUUUUUUAGAAUUGUUAUAGCAGUGUCUAAAUAAUUCAAAAUAUCAUGUGGUUGGUAGUACUUUUUCUAAUUGUAGAAAACAUUCUUAUCAUUAUAAAUUACAGAAUAUAAUGGUAAUCUAAAUUUUCAAUGUUUUUUAUCAAUUUCUUGCCUUUUCUUCGUUCAUCUGCUUUUGCUCUUGAAUAAACUGU